UCUCUUUCAGUCUUUACUCUCCCUUUCUUUCUCUUGUUAUAGUUAUCGUUGAUCGAUUCGUAAUGAUUCGAUUAUUAUUAAUUAUUAUUAUUAUUAAUAUUAUUAUUAUUAAUUAUUAUCGCUAUUACUUUUAUUUGCGAGUAGUUCUGUAAAUAAAGUUUUCGUUUAAUUAUGUAUUAUUGUAUAUUUACAUGAAGAUGAUUGAUAUAUUUCCACCUGAUAUCCAUUAAAACAAAUAGCAUCAAAAGCAGAAAAAUAUUCCUUUUUGAAGUUAACCAUUUACCUAGAAGGUACUAUUACACUUUACGUUAAGUGAUAAGAUGAUAUAGUAUUUCAGUUGAAAACUUAUAUCAAUAAGGGCGCUUAAUUAUUAUGCUUAUCAUUUUUCUGAUAGAAUAAAAUGAAAUUUCAAUUGUAAACAGCGUGUGGUAGGGAGUGUCACGUGGUAUUCAACGACAGUAAUAUGAUGGCUGAUGGCGGUCAGCUUAGGCUAGUUAAUGGCAACCAGUAUUGGUUGGAAAUUUUGACAUUAACGUCAAUGUUAUAUUAUUUAGCGAAAUAAUCGAAUCUUCUCUUGUAAACAUACACUAACUUGGUGUUUCAGUGCAAUCAUAGAAUAAAAAGAUAUGAAUUUAAAUGGAAUUCAUAAAAAUUGAAUCAUAUUUGUAUCAUGUAAAUUUAAUGAAGAACGAAAUCACAUGAAAUUGUUCAGCUUUGUGAUGAUAGGUGAUAUCUUUUUCAGUGAAGAGUAUGGAAUAAAAGAAAAUGUUCGUAAAAGACCCCUGUGGCAUCGUGUGUAUCAUAGUUACGUACAUCGCUGUCUUUUAUGCGGAUUACGUCGUUGUACGCUGGGUUAUCUUGCAUAGUUUACAAGACAGUUUAUGGGGUCCAUUUCAUGUAGUGGCUUUCAAUACUGUAGUAUUAUUAUUGAUAAUGUCACAUUUGAAGGCAGUCUGCAGUGAUCCUGGUGUUGUGCCACUACCACAGAGCCGUAUGGAUUUUUCUGAUAUUUAUACAGAUAAUCCAGAAACAAAAAUUGAAUGUGAUGAGAGAGACAAUUGGACUGUUUGUACCGGAUGUGAAACCUAUAGACCACCUAAAGCACAUCAUUGUAGAAUUUGUAAAAGAUGUGUUAGGAGAAUGGAUCAUCAUUGUCCAUGGAUAAACAACUGUGUUGGAGAAAGAAAUCAAAAGUACUUUAUCCAAUUUCUGGUGUAUGUUGGAAUAUUGGCCAUUUAUGCACUAGGUUUGGUGAUAACAUCAUGGAUUGUAGAAUGUUCCCAAUGCAGUAAUGAUAUUGCUGUUAAACAAAGUCGCAUCUUACACUGUGUUAUAUUGGUUUUGGAAUCAGCACUCUUUGGCAUGUUUGUCGUUGCGAUACUGGUAGAUCAAUUUCAAGGAAUCCUGGGAGAAGAAAAUACAGUGGAACGUGUGCAAAAUAAUCAUCACUAUAAAAGAAAUAGUUCACGUACCUUGAUAUUACUUUCUCAAGUCUUUGGUAAAAGUCAUCCAGUUCUGUGGAUGCUUCCUUGCCAAAAUACACCAAGGUAUACUUUCAGGAGAGAUGCAUACCUAAUUGAUCAUGAGGUUUAAAUGCAUAAGUUAUUGUAUACUAUUAUAUUUUAAAAAACAAAUGCUUCUAUCAUGACUAUUUGUUAUAAAGAAUUAAAACAUUACUUUUUGGUAUAAGGUUUUGGAAAGCAAGAUAUUUAUAUAUGUAAGAACUAUCGCUCGUAAUAUUAAAAGAUAAUUAUAUUUUCUUCUUAUUUAAAACUGGACUGUUUCUAGCAUUUUUUUUUAAGUCUUUUGAUAAGAUCAUAUUUUUCUUAUAAAUUAUUUAAGUACAAAAAGAAAAGUAAUGUAAGAAAUAUUAUCUUGAAGUGCAAAUUAAUAUAAGUUUCAUAUUAUUACCAUUGAAUUGCAAUAUAUAAAAUUCAUAUAAUGUAAGGUAAACAAUUAAUAUGUCGUUUGUUACUUGGAUAGAUCAUUCCAUUAAAUUAAGUUCUUUCAGUUUAAAUGUGCUUUCACUUAAUACUCAUACAAUUGAAUCAAAUUAUUAGCAAUUGUAUAGAAUGUAAUAUUACUGAACGUAUAUUUAAUUAAAUCUUAGUAAAACUUGUAAGAAUGUGCAUGUAUAAAAAAUUGUUCAAUAUAUCUUCCAUCUAAUUUCAUAACAUUUAAAACAUUCGAAAAAUUUCAAUGUUUAGAAUUGAAUACUAGUCUUUAAUAAUUUUCAAAGACAUUAGUAUAAUUUAUUUGUAUUAAAAUUAUGUAAAAUACACAAUUUUAGGUGUUAUGUUGUUAUUACGUUAUAUAUAUGUAUAUCGCGUUAUUGUUUUUUGCGGUAUUUAUAUGU